AUGUCAUACUUGGCACCAGUCUGUUUAAUUGGAGGGGCCGGAGGAAGUGAAUUUUAUUUUGAUGGUAUUACAAAUGGAGCCACACUAAAACAGAUCUGGGUGUGGGCCGGUGGCUGGCAGAUAAAAGCCAUCAAGGUUUGGCUAACUGAUGGCCGGUCCAUGCAAUUUGGACAACCUGGAGGGAUGCUUUCACAGUUUGAAUUUGAAGAUGGAGAACAUUUCUCCUCCCUUUCACUUUGGGGAAAUGGAGCUGGAACAUGUCUGGGUGCCAUCAAAAUCAAGACAAAUAAGUCCAGAGAGUUCUUUCCAAAAAUGUCAGACUGGGGGCUGAAAACAGAAUAUCCAGUUGAUGUGGGUUCUGGGAUCUGCAUGGGAAUCAGUGGUCAUGCUGGUUCAGAUAUUGAUUGCCUAUGCUUUAAAUUCAUCAACACCAUCAAGUCUACCAAGCUAACAAAUGUUUAUUAUCCCACACUUCACAGUUUGUUACCUAAUGUGGCUGUUGAGGAAAUCAAAUCCAUGACGUACCAUAAUAAUACUACUGAAGCUCAAGAAUAUACAAUAGAAAGCUCUAAAACAAUCACCAAAACGUCAUCCUGGUCUGUUACCAACAAGCUGGAAGCCUCGUUUCACCUGGAAGUUCAGGCAGCAGUUCCAGGGCUUGUGGAAAUUUCAGCUGGAUUCAGCCUCACAGUGGGAACUGAGAGCUCGUAUGGUUUAGAGAACAUUGAGGAGAAAACUGAGCUGUUCUCAUUUCCCGUUAAAGUUCCUCCAGGGAAAACCAUAGAUGUGGACAUCACGAUUGGCCGAGCUUCAUUUGAUCUCCCCUACACUGGAACAGUCCAGGUUACCUGCUACAAUGGCAGUGUGCUGGAGUUUAAAACCAGUGGAACCUACAAAGGUGUCACUUACACUGAUGCAAAAAUUACGGUGAUAGAAUCAGGAAAAAACAUGUAAAUUCUGUAUUAUCUGAAAGAGCUUGGCACAGAUACAAAUCUACUGAUGAGCAAAUGAAUAGAACAAAUCUCAGUAUUUUGUAAAGAUAUGGUAGGAUUGUAGCUGCAACCUACUUCAUUUAGAAAAGCCUAAAG